AUGUACUUCAUCGCCCUCACCGCCGCAGCUACCCUAGGCCUGGCCAGCCUCGCCUUGGCUGCUCCUCUCCCAACUAUCACGGCCACUCUGACCGUCAGCACCACUCCGACUCCUACCCUCACUAUCCACGAGAACAACUUGUGGGCCAAGGACAUCAGCUCUGCUGCCAGCAAGGAGAUUGACGUUUUGGUUAAGCGUAUCAACGCCUUCUACGACGACGCCUCGCUGGCUAAGCCUGUGACUGUUCACGAGAACAAUCUCUGGGCUCGCAGCAACUCGCUCGAGGUGGACGACAUCAGCAGCAGCGCCAUCACCAUCCCGGUCCCGACUGUCACCGUUCACGAGAACAAUCUGUGGGCGCGUGAUGGCGCUGAGGCUGCGGCUAAGGAUGAUGAGGCUAGGGCUGAAGAGGGUCUGGCUACGCGCACGCAACCCGUCAUUGCCAAGAAUGACAAUCUUUGGGCGCGCAACGAGGCUAACAUCAAAGCUCUACUGCUCGCUUUGCGCAACGUCAACACCACCGUGCACGAGAACAACUUGUGGGCUCGUGACGAGAUUGAUGGCGACGCCGAGUCGUCGGCUGAGCCUUCCGCAACUGUGACGGUUCAUGAAAACAAUCUCUGGGCUCGUUCGAAGGAGGCUGAGGCCGAGCUCCUCGCUCCGCGCGACGACAAGGUCACCGUCAAAGAAGACAAUCUGUGGGCUCGUGAGAGUGCUGGAGGAGUCGGGGUCGAUGUUUCGGCCCAGGGUGACGGAAAGGUCACUGUCAAGGAAGACAACCUUUGGGCUUAG